UGCUCGCCGCGGCUGCUCUGUAUCGAGUCCGACGCCGCCUCCAGCCCGGAGUUGUCUGCACCCAGCUUGCCGCCUCCGGCCCGAGCACCUCCUCCCGCCCUACAAGCUUCUCCAAAUCCGAGCGCGCCUUCUACAGCCCAAGCACGCCCUCCAGCCGAGCACCAGCCAGGAGCUCCACCGCUCUCUCCCUCGGCCGCACAGACCAGCGAGUGGAGCGUCGUCUCAAGCAGCGGGAGGUGACCCGCUUUCGUCAUGUCAUCAUUCGCCGGUCUCUCCGUUGUCACCAACGGAAAGCACUGCACCACGACGGCCAUCGAUGCCGGCAUGGACAGUGUUGGGUACCACCUGCUUGUGGUCAAAGACUACUUGCGCACCGUACAAGAGGUGCCCAACGGCCAGAGAAUCUGGUCUGGGCAUUUCAUGGUAGGAGGACAUAAAUGGUGCAUCAGCUACUGCCCUAAUGGCGAGCAGCCAAGUUGUGCCGACUUCAUUUCUCUCGGUCUUUGCCUUGUCGACGACGAUGUUGAAGAGCCUGUGAAGGCGAAGUUAGUGUUUAGCUUCGUCGACCAGGUUGAGAAGCAAAAGGCAAAGGAAAUUUUUACAAUUAAAUCAUGCAGCUUCUCUGUCAAAGGUUGUUGUUGGGGCCCCUUCAAGUUUAUGAAAAGAGAUGCCCUUGAACGGUCAGCUCAUCUAAAGGCUGAUUGUUUCACCAUCCGGAUUGACAUCAUGGUCUGCAAUGAUCUCACCACACAGCAGGAUGUCGUUGGCACCCUCUCUGGCAUAGGCCAGCAUUUCAAAAUUCUACUUCAAGAUAAGGUGGGUUGUGAUGUCACAUUUGAGGUCAGUGGUGAGACGUUCCUUGCACACCGUUGUGUGCUUGCAGCCCGAUCUAAAGUUUUCAGGGCACAGUUCUUUGGCCCCAUGACACAGGGUAUCACGUCCAGUGCCAUACAGAUCAAAGACAUGGAUGCAAAAGUGUUUGCAGCUAUGCUUAGCUUCAUCUACUCAGACUCAUUUCCUGAGAUGGAGGAGAACAAAGCACAAGCUGUCGAAGAACAAGAAGAGGAAGCAGCAAAGCUUGUUACGUGGAUGCAGGACUUGUUUGUAGCGUCAGACAGAUAUGAUAUCCAGCAGCUCAAGUUCUUAUGUGAAAAGAAGUUGUUCAACCUCAUAGGUGUGAGCUCCGUGGCCUGCACUCUAGCUCUAGCUGAGCGACACAACUGCCACGGAUUGAAGGAUGCGUGCUUGACGUUUAUCCAAGUCCAAUCUCCCAAGUGUUUGGAAAAGGUAAUGGAGACUGAUGGCUGGGAGCUUAUAGUUACGACCUAUCCCUCUAUUUUGAAGGAGAUCAUUGCCAAGGUUGCGUCCAAUCAGAAGGACAAGAAGAGGAAGUAUGAGAGUAUGUAAUGCAAGACCUGAAGUAAUACUACUAUGCAUAUAUGGGAUAGGAUCCUCUAGGUAGAUGGUAGUCUGUGUGUCUUGCUUUUGUUUCAUCAUGUCGUUUGCCUAUAUGCUGAACCAGAAAGAUCCAACAUAUGGGCAAAUGUGAAGGUCUGUAGUUUCAGGUGUAAGCAUCAACAUUGAUCUGUCCAAGUAACCUAGCUAGUCGUUUCUC